AUGUCCUUUCAGCUGCCCCCAGCCUCCUCAGUAUAUCUACUGCUUGGAUCCCUACCUUUGCUCGUCCUUGCUGAAGCCAGAGCUAUCCGUGCUGGCCAUGCCCUCUUCAAGAUUCUCUCUUCGAUCGCCUUUGUAAGCGGGCCGCUGCGCCAUUUCUCCGCCGAAUCCUCGUCCUAUCACACCCUCAUCACCUGUGGUCUUGUCUGUUCUUUGGUCGGCGAUAUACUCCUGAUUCCCUCGAAACGAGAAUACUAUCCGCCCGAACGGUCGCAAACGCCGGCCAACUCGAAGGAUCAGCCGCCAGAAAACCAAAUCUCGGUUUCGUUCCAGCUUGGAGUGGUUGCCUUCGCUGCUGCUCAUAUAUCCUAUAUUUUGGCAUUCGUUCGAGAUGCGCCAAAAGCGAUGGCAUGGCCAACCUUUUUGGCCAUAUUUGCCGCAACAAUGGUGAUUUCGAAGUGGCUUGGUGUUAUAUACCCGUCAACGUCUCCUUCUUCGGCUCGCUUGACAAGUGGCAAUCUGCUCAGUCUCUCCAUUCCAAGCGACAUGCGACCGCUGGUGGCUAUCUAUGCGACCAUUAUCAGUUCAAUGUUGGCAAUCGCCAUUUCAACCACCCCAUCAUUGCAACAUCAACGAGUUCUGGGAGCUGUAAUGUUUGUUCUGAGUGAUAUUUUUGUGGCAAAGGAUGCAUUUGGGAAGACAAAGAAGCAAAAUGCAGGAGGCAUGAGCGAUGACUGGUUGCCUAGAGGAAUAGGUUGGGUGCUUUACUUUUGGGGGCAGAUGGUAUUAGCGGGCACCGCUGAAAGAAAAUGA